AUGCAGAACAUGAUGGAUGGGCACCAUCAGCUCGCUAUGAUGCAGCAGCAGCAUCAGAACCACAGCCACCAGCAGCAGCACCCGCCGCAAGCAGCCACGAGUCAGAGCGAUGCACGCGGCCCACGCCACGACGAGCUGCUGAUGGAGAGCAAGUCUGCCAGCGACAACAUGGAGGGAGGUGCCGGGUCAGGCUCCGGUGGUGAGGAGCUGCAGGAGGAUCUCAGCCUGCAGCCAGCCCGCAAGAAGCGCUACCACCGCCAUACCCAGCACCAGAUCCAGGAGUACCCGCACCCUGACGACAAGCAGAGAAAGGACUUGAGCCGGGAGCUGGGACUGGAGCCUCUCCAGGUCAAAUUUUGGUUCCAGAACAAGCGUACCCAGAUGAAGGAAGGAAGCGACAUGCUUUGCCGCCGAUUGACGUUCCACUAG